AUGUACUUCUCUGGUAAAGAUAUCAAAGAAAUCAUUGUCGAAGAGCCUUCUAGGGAAGCUAUCAAAAUAAAUCCAACAUUAUUCAAUAGUUUACGUGAUAAUAAUGAACAAAGUACAAGAAUAUUGUUGGAUAUUCCAUUACUAAAGAUCCGAGAUUAUAGAGGCAAAACAAAGCAGGUCAUGAAGAGCUUAGUACCUCAAAGUGAUGCAGAUGUAUUUGCAGGCGACAUGCCAUUUAUGUCAGCUCUUGUUUAUAUCACAAAUGCAAUGAUGAAUGCCAAGUUUACAGGCUUGAGUAUUGAUGAGUUCAAAACAAAUUAUCUUUCUCCUUUUGAUAAGACUAUUAAAGAAUCGAAGAUUCAAUAUCUUCCUUGUUUAAACCCAGUUUUUCCUUAUCCAUUGGCAUAUGAUUGGGAUGAUGAGUUUGACAUCCAUCAAUAUUUCAGGCAAGAUAUAUCUGGGUCAAUUGAACGUAUAUAA